AUGAAUACGCUGAUUAGGAAAGCUGAACGAAUGCGUAAUUCUUCAUCUCACCGACGUGUUGGUGAAGGAAAGACACGUCUUCUUGUACCUCACAUUCCUGUUCCUGGUGAAGAUGAUUCAACAGCCGUUGAAGCGGAUGAUGUCCCGCGUCGUCAUGCAGAGUUAGAGUCGGCACUUGUAAAGAAUCUAAAGAAACAAGUAGCAUGUUUAGAGAUGGAGGUGGCGGUACUUAAGCGGGCUAAAGAACAGGGUACUCAUCAGGGAACUUUAUCUGCCGAUAGAUCUGGUAUGGCACUGGAGCGAUGUGAUGCUGGAUAUCCCUUAAAUAUGAUGUGUCCUCUCACUACUUCUCAUGUGGAUCCGUUUGCACCGUGGAUGAAUGUGCAUGAUGAGCGAAACGGUAAUGAGAAUGCAGAUUCAAAUAUUUAUUUGGAGCGGCAGCGUCGCUCACUUCAUCACGCAGAUACCGCAUUGUCACAACUCACAAUUCAGCGACUACGACUUGAAAAGGAAUCUGUGGAAGAACGUCUCCGGAGUGAGCAGCAAGAAAAGGAAAUGUUAGCUGCAGAGAAUGUAAAAUUACGUGCAGCGUUGCGUGUUUCUGAGAAAAAAGAAGAAGAAUUACAUCAACUUCACAAGUAUACACUUAACGCCUUGAACACAGAACAGGGAAAACGUCGAGAGUUGGAGGAUAAACUCUCUGCUGUCGGUACCCCAAACACAAAAGAUAAUGAAGAAACUAAAUCCAAUAAAGAUAUUAUGUACGAAAAAGAGUACUAUAGAGUUCAAACAGAUCGACUACGUGUGUCACUAAGUGAAGGUCUUGUUAGAAGUGAGGAACUGGAAAAACAACUGCGUGCGGAACGUUCUCAAGUGGCAACUGUGGAAGCGAAGUUACGCAUUGCGCUGGAUGAGGUACAACGUCUGCAGCGAGUUAUCACAGACAAGGCAAGUGUGUAUGAACGCAUGGAUCAACAUUACAUUGAGGUAUGGACAAAACUACAAAUGGCAAUAGAAGAUUGUGAUACUCUUCAUGAAGAGUUAAGGCGACGUCAAGGUGAAUCAUCAUCACCUAGUUCCUCCGGUUCUAUUGGAGAAACUUUACGUGGACUGGAACGAAUAUCGUCUGGUCUGAAGAGCGGCGUUCUACUUGCUGAUGUGAGUGGGGGUGCUAUAGGGAUGGACACAUCAGACAAUGUCAGCAAAGCGGCAAAAAGUCCCUCUUCUUUCCCAAAGCACUCAGAACCAAUUACUACAACUAGUACUAGUAAUACUAAUACUACCAAUACCAAUACCAAUACCAAUACUACUGGUGUUCCCCCACCACCAACUGCUUCAGUUCCAGCUCCACCAACUGCUACUGUGCCACCUCCGCCAACAGCUUCAGUUCCAGCUCCACCAACAGCUACUGUGCCACCUCCGCCAACAGCUUCAGUUCCAGCUCCGCCACCAACUGCUACUGUGCCUGAGGCAGUUCCUCUUCAAACACAAUCAAAUCCAGUUGGAGUGCCUCAGCCGCCGUCACAGAAAACCAUAGAUCAAGAAUUAGAGGAAGUCGAACGCAAAAUUCGUGAGGAAGAAGAAGCGCUUCUUUCUUACUUAAAAACUCGGAAGGCCUGA